AAAAACACGACCGCAACGACAGCGGCAAAUAAUAAAGCCACAAGCCCGGUGAAGUUGAAAGAAAAAGAACAAAAACAUUUUCUUCCGGGAGGUAGAAGUGCAAGCGCGCGUUCUAGUAGCCCAAGUAAAGAGCAAAAGACUUCAUCUGCUUCCGCAAGUGGGAUUGGAACCGAACAAGCCACUGCAUCGGCAUCAUCUACUAAGAUGACAUGCGACAACCACAACACGAAGAGCAGCAAUGGUGACCACCAAGUUGCGCCGGUCGCCCACCCGACCACGAACAACGUGAUCACCAAUCACAGUGCGAAAACGGGCGUUAUUUUCCUACGGGAUUUUGAGUUGACGAUCAAGGCCUUGCCGUUCCGGUGGCAGGACCUCACUGGGCUGGAGAACGCGCAGGACGCCUUUCAUCUCCUCGUCCCGAAGGACGGCGUGCUGGUUAUGGCGUUCUCAAACGUCACAUUCUCAACUGUUACAUGAUUUGUAAUGCAAAACGAGCAUCAACAACAUUCACAAGGUGAAGCUACUUCGCAUGACAAAUUUUGGAAAGGCUAAGCAGCACCUAAAUCUGUGCGGAAUUUGUGAUGCUACAGGUGCAACCUCCCUGCUUUGACUUUUGCCAUUCUUGCAUAACAAAUCCAUGGAACAUUUGAGAAUGUAACAGUUGAGAACUCCAUACCGCUGGUGGACCAGCUGUGCGGCAGCUGGAACAAGUACUUGCAGCAGUUCCGCUAUCACAUUCUGAUGGACACCUUUGAGAAGUGGGCCGACUACUGCUUCAAAACCAACGAAAUGAACAAACACUGCUUGCUGGACAAAAGCAUGGUUGGGGAACAGGAGGGGGAACAAGGUUCAUCAUCGUCCCCUAUGUUUCUACGCGCCGGAUCCGCCGCAGCGCAUUUAUCGAACAAGAAAUACAUCCGCCCGAUUUGGAAGAAGGAGCACUUCCAGCCGGUCCAUAUCCUCUGCAAAAGUAUCGUACUCGUAGCAAUUGCAGUUUUGCAUUACAAAUCUGUUUCUCAAGGAUAAUCAGCAUUACAAAUCGAAUUUGUAAUGCUGGGCAAAUUUGUAAUGCAAGCUAUACUUCUAGUGCGAUGCUUUUGCAGUUGAUAGUCCAGCGGCUUAAGCAACAGAAAAUCAACCUGAAGCAAAAAGCGCGGAUCAAACGGCUGGUCGCCUGCAUUAAAGCGCGGAAGCAGGGACGGAAGCUGGAAGCGAAAAUCGGCAAUGAGGAUUUGUUGAAACAGCUGGACCAGUACAAAAUCACCACGCUGGACCUGCAGCAGAUGGCGGCCCAGGUGCGGUCUCUCAAGGAUCUGAUCAAGGGACUGCGGCAGGACCGAGCGGACGUGCAGGAUUUGUCACUGCGGAUUUUGGACCUUCCGAACCAGCUAGAAGAGGAAAAGAAGCAUACGCGGGAGAGCAUCGCUAUGGGGGUUUGAGGAUCGAAAUCGACAAAGUUGAAAUAGUUUGUGAUGCGUAAAAUGCUAGACGCAAAGCGCCUGUCUUGCAGAGCAGGCAACUGAGGCCGAUUGUAAGCCUGUUUGGGGUGUGAGAUAGAGCUGCUAAAAUAGCAUGACAAAAGCAGUCUUGUCUGCUCAAACAGCAUGACAAAUUGGAUUUCCAUGCUGCCAAAAUUUGUCAUGCUCCACUUGCAAACUGGGCUCCAGCUGGUAUCGCUUUUUUGCAUUACAGAUUAUUUCAACUCUGACGAUUUCAAUCCUGACAGUUCCAUAAUCGCGCUGCACAACGGCCUACGGGGCGUUGCGGACGGGGCGCGGGCCAACAAUCCACAGGGACAGGCGGCGCAAAAUAUGUUUUCAGGACAUAAAUCCAUGACGCGUCUCAGUCUCAAGCCGAGCGUUUGAUUUGCAGCGUGACAGCACGUCCUCACAUCAAUCUUAGAUUCGCGAAGGGAGAAACAGAAAUCCUCUGAUACUGCAGCACCAAAGCCAAACAGCAAGGGAAGAAAACACAUAUGGAAAUGGCCUGCUUUAAUAUUGCAGCAUGUUGUCGAGCAUGAUGACAAAAAACUUUUAUUUACGAAGGAACUUAAGCAUUACAACAAGUUGAGACUGAGAUCGUCACAGUUUUGUUCUCUCGAUACAGAAUGGCCUGCAGAAGAUGAAGCUCCUUCGCGCUGUGCAAAGACUCAAGGGCCUGCAAGGAAGACGAUAGGGUUCUUCUUGAGAACGAGGCGGCCAGCAGGCGCGGGAAAGUAAGGGUAAUAGCAGCUGUAGUACUUUAUACAAAACUUGCUCCUAAAAAAAUCACUUAAAGUUAAAUUGAAGAUGCAACAGCAACGGAGUGUCAACUAACAAAAUUAAAAAAAAAAAUCAUGCAUAUGUAUCUGUACCAAUGCCGCGAAUUUGUUUGUAUGUCAUCUUCUUUGAGAAUCAGAGUCUUCAUACCGUAUUGUCUUUGUGUAUAAAUCGUUUUUAUUUGGAUUGAUCCACCAAGAAAAAUGUAUAGAUAAAACGAAAGCUAUGGAAAAGUUUUAACAGUUUCUUCUGUCCAGAUGUCUUUUUCAAACAUGCCUUUUUCUUCACGAAGCUUUGAAGCGAUCGAUAUCUUGAAAUUGAUGAAUAUGUAUUUCGUCCUGGACCUGUUUCUGUACAUAUUUUCUCUUCUUUUCUCUAUUGUUGAUCUGUGACUAUGAGUUUCUCUAUUGAAGUCAUUUUGGGAAUGAAGAAAUACAGAACUAAAUGAUGAAAAAAUGUAGGUAGUUGCUUUUUAUGAAUGUACAAUAAAGUUUCAGGGUGCAGCAGUGCAUGUUUUUCUAACAGCUCUACAAUGUGACUAAGUAUUUGUUUUUGAGGACC